AUGGGAAUUGUCGGACCUGCGUCUACUCAACCGUCAAUAGAUCUCAUCUUGUUUCUGGGUCAACGCUCAGCAUAUAGAUUUCUCAACUUGCGCGGCGCUGUCUCGGACAAAGGGUUACUAUUUAUCAAGCCUACAAGAAUACAACCUAAGGAGGGAAUACGCCAACCAAUGAAGUCAAAUACUGCUUCCCCCAAACCUGGCUCCAAAGACACCAGCAUAGAGCCGGGGCGGGAGCGUAAGAGGAGGCAAGAUCGCGAAUCGCAGCGAAUGAGUCGGAAAAGGACAAAGGAAUACAUCGAGCAUCUCGAGGCGUUGGUUCACAGUCUGAUUGGCGUCAAUGUGGACGAGAAGAUGGCCAGCAUGCGUAAACAGCUCGACGAAACCUUUAGCGAAAACCAACGGCUCAGGGCACGGCUUGCCACAGUCCGCCGGAUCGCCGGCGAGGACGAAGAACAGUUCACGAAGCCGGAAGACGUUUCGGAGAAGUCAGCUUUGACUCCACUCAGCAGCGCGGAUAACACCAGUGGUGAGCAUCACCAUCAGAGCUCGAAUCCUGAGGAACAGGCGGCCGUUGUGGGAGUUACACCCAGCGACAAGACGAGCCAAAACAUCGACAUAUUAGCUCCAGACUCUACGAUAGAUGUGGAUCGUAUGUCAAACUACUCAUCGUGCGCAUUCAACAACAGCAUAUCAAAUACAGCUUCAAUUGCGAACAGCCUUCCUGAACUGGGUUUUCUGUCACAGGGAGAAAUCGACAACCUCUUCAAGAGCUUUUUAGACUUGGAAGGUCAGCAAGUGUGA